AUGCGUGGUGCGGGACGACGAGGAGGUCGAGGAGGUGGCACUACGAGACGUCAGACAACAGCAGGCAGUUCGUCCGACCCAAAGACGUCGCUCGUGGACGAAUGGAGAGCACACGAAGAAGACUGCGCGGCACGGGUGCUUCAGAACCAGCUCCGUGCAUUUCUGAGUCGUCAACGCAUGGCACGGUUGCUUCUAAGCGUCUACGAGAAACACUACGACCCCAUCCGUAAGCAGCACUACUAUGUCAACACUCUGACGGAUGUGAGCACGUGGGAGAAGCCGCUUCUUCUUGUUCGAUUCGUGCCCGGGGAUCGCGAUAUCGCUCGAGGGCGCGUUAAUCUGUCGCCUAGAGAGGCUGCGCAACGAAUCCAGCGAGUUGUCCGGGCGUUCCUAGCCAAAACGGCCAUCCGACAACUCGUGCGUGAGAGCUACAUGAAGCUCUUUGAUCCAGAUAACCGCGUCUUCUACUACCUCAACACGCGCACGGGUGAGCGAUCCGAACAGAAACCUCCGUUCUUCCGUCCACGCCCCGGCACUGCCGGCUCAAUGUCCAAACGUGCUAAAAUGCCAGACAACGACGACGACCUGGAGAUCGAAGCCUUUUACUUCCGCAAGGCUGUCUGCAAGAUUUCGUCCGAGGGGAACGCGUACGGCUCUGGUAUCAUCGGUCGGUUCUGCGGAAUCUUGUGCGUUCUAACUGAUGGCAAGACUCUCGCGGAUGAGACCGCUGCUCGGUCAGCACGCGCAAUCUGCAACUACGCUGAUGAACGCGUGGCCUUUCCUCUGUUACUCGCUGCUGACACUUUCUUCGCUGGUAUCAAAAUGUCCGAAGAUUCCUCACGCCUGCAGCCUCUCAAUGGAGCGCCAAUACAGCCACAGGCUCCGAAGAAAAAGGCUCAUCAACCGCACGUCGACUUUGCGUUGUGUGCUCUGAAUGAAGAUCAGUUCUUGAUCGCCGCCGGGGACAAUGUUCGGCCACUUCGCUUCGAGAUGAAUGACCGGAAACUGGGAUGCGGUAAAGCUGACAGUCUUCGGUUAAGUGAACAUCUCGAAAUCGUGGGCCAUCCCCACGGUAAACCGCAGGUUCUGCAUCAACGACAACUCGCCAGACUCGUACCAAACUCCAUUAACGUGCAGCAUUUACAGUACGAUCGAGUCACAGAGACCGGGUCAGCUGGCUGCGCAGUUUUCACGCGUGGCGGGAAGCUGCUUGGUAUUCAACAACUCUCGGGUCCCAAGGAGCCCGCACCGCUGUCGUGCUGGUACAUCAAACCGAUCUUGAACGCGGCACUAGCACUCGUAAUACCGCCGGAGCCGUUUAUCUUGACCUCGUGUCUUGCGUCCACUAGCGUGCAAGUGUACUGGCAGCUCCCACGAGACUGGCAGCCUUUACACGGACUUCCAGUCCAUUACGAGCUCGAAAUGUGCCGUCACGAGGCACUCGACGCAAAGCAUCACGAUCCAUUUGAGUGUGUUUACCGCGGACCCAAGUCAGCGCACUACGUUGGCGAUCUCCAUCAUGAUACGAUGUAUUCCUUACGAUGCCGAGCCGUCAAUCGGAUGAAGAAAAGUCGAUGGAGUGCAGUGGUGAGGCUCAUCACACUCCAACAAGUUUCUCUCGCUUGGAGGUUAAAACACUGUUCGAGUAUCAAGGAGGCGAUCAAACGGAUGCGACAGCAGCAAGCAGACUCCCAGACGCAGUUUCGCAGUGUGCAAUGGAUCUACGCACAAGUUGAGAAGAGCGAGGAAGCGGAUCGAGUUGAAUGGGAGACUCAAACCGACGGGAUGCGCGAAGAUCGAGGCAAACCUGGGGCUUGCAGCCAGCUGAAGCUCGAGCAGGAGCUAGUGCAAUGUCAAGGACUGGGACUGCUGCUUGAGUCCGUCGCUUGGUUCCCUAACGAGAAAGUCACGAUCGCUCUCACCCUCCGAGUCUUUUUAAAACUUACGCGACUUCAAAUGAGUACGCAACGAUUCAUGACUGAAUCCUCACGCUUUCAAGUGCUUGGCAGCCUCCUUCGCUCUCAUACUCUGAUGGGAGUUGUGCUGGGUGAGAACGGAGCCGCCAAAGUGGCGUUCGAGGCCUGCUCGGGCGUUGAGCUAGUGUUGUCAUUCCUGGAAAACGAGUCGUAUCGAGGGGAAGCCGCUGUAGUGGGGGAAUGCUGCUAUGUCCUCGCAGUGUUCUCGUACGAGAACGGUGACAUGAAGUGGGGGAUCGCGGAGGCCAACGGCUUACCUCUGCUGCAACGAGCACUUGUAGAUCACCAUCAAGAGUCUCGUGUUCUGUACUGGGCGUUGGUCACUAUGGGCAACGUGGCCUAUGGCCUCGACGAAUCAACCACGCGACCGCAGCUUGAAGAGGAGAUCGCUUCACUCGGCCUGAUCGACAAUGUCUGCGCGUGUCGUGUGCACUUCUUGUCUCGCCUGCAUGAACUGGACUUGUCGCUCGCUGCAGCUCACGCUCAUCUGGGCCAUCUGCAUGCCAUCCACGUAGGUGAAGAGACUCGCAACGAGUUGGACGCCAGCACUCAACUCGUUGACACGUUGACGAACGUCAUCGCAGACUGGAAAGCCAACGACGUAGCUGAAGCUGCCGACUAUGCCUCACGGUAUCUGCUCACAGAGGAGCAACGUCGUGUCCAAGCUGCUGCUAAGCGCUUGAUGCGUAAAUUCCUGCGACGGACGCUGUCGAUGGCAGUGGAGAAGUGGUCCCAAGUGACGGAGUACGAGAGACAUCGAGCCAUCUUCCUUCUGUUCUUCCGCACCGUUCGAACGCGACAGCUUCGGCCUGCAUUCCGUCGCUGGGAACAGACAACACGCGAGAGGAGGAAGCACAAGUCCAUCAUGCAGACGAUCGGCUCUGGAUUGGCCAUGGAUCUGACCAAGAGGAAGAAGGAACGAUACAGAAUGCUCGUACUGCAGAAGUAG